UGAAAUAUUCUAUUUCGAUUUUUGCAUGUACACUUUCAAGAUGGCCGUGUGGCGUUCCGUGUAGACACGAGAUAGCGAAAGAAUAAAUUUUGCAUAUUUUCUGCAUAUGACUUACCUAAGAUACUAUUAAAAAAACUUUGUGUGGAAAGUUUAAGUGUGAAAGUUAAGGGAUAAAUUAAGAUUUUGAAGAAUUUAACGUUAUUGUGAACGCUGUGGUGGAUAGAAUUUUUUCCAAAGAUUUCGUUGUUGUUGUUUUAGUGUUGCAGCAGUGGUGGUAAAAUAAUAGCACUGAGGAAAACUCAUAAAAUUGGCGAAAACUUUGUGAAAAUAAAAAUCAAUUUAAAUGGUUUUUCAUGUGCCAUAGUUCGAAAGUGGUCAGCAUUUGAACAAUUUCCAGUUUGCGUACGUAUGUUUGCAUGUAGUGACAACAAAUUACAAUGAAGUAUAAUUGUUAAACCGAUUACAUGUCGCCGCACUGCUUAUAGCCCUUGUGCUUAUAAAUCUUCAUGUGGCGGCAAAAUUUUGACAUUAAAACAACAACUAUACAGUACAACAACAUAAUUUAGAAAUAUCUAAUGAAAACAAAAAACGAAAAACAUUCAUAAAGAAGUGUGGCUUGAACAUUGAAAUUGUUUGGCUAAAAGCAAAGAGUGGAUAACAGAAAAGUGGUGAAAAUGAGCAGUGAAUUGAUUGAGGAGGGAGGUGCAUUCGAUGCCGGCAGCGACGAUGCGUUGGUAACGAAUGGCGCAAACGAGACGGACGAAGGAGUAGCCGAGUAUUUGGAAGAGCACGACCCAAUGGCCGCUGGUAAACUGGAAAGUCCCUCUAAACGAGGCCGUAAGGCACGCCGGCCGGCAGAACCAGAUGAAGUCGCAGAAGAAAAUGUAGAGACUCUGGGGGAUGAGGAGGAAACUGAAGUUAUCGAGCAUAUUUUGGAAGAAGUAGAAGAAGAGGAAGAAAAUGAAGACGAGGGAGAUACGAAAGAUGUUGACCAAAAGCCGGUUUUGCUGAAAGCAACACAGCUGCCGAAAAAACGUAAAAACGUUUUAGUUAAGCAAAAUUCAAAUUGCAAAAUAAAGGUAGAAGAAGAAGAAUAUGUUGACGAUGACGAGCAACCAACAAGCACAGCACGAGAAGCAGCAAAAAUGGAAAAUCAUGUGGAUGAAAAUCAAUGUCGCGUCUGUACGAGUAAGGAGUCACUUAUCAGCCUUUUCAAAACCAUCAAUAAACAAACAAUAGCUGAUAAAUUAAUGAGUAUUUGCCCUACUGUUUCCAUUGCUCAGAAAGAUUUUAUGCCACAAUUUAUUUGCAACCCUUGUUUGGAUAAUGUAACUAUCGCUUUGGAAUUAAAAACAAAAUGUGAAAAUACUGAGCGAGAAUUACGGAAAAAAUUGUCACGAAGUAAGAACAAAGUACGACGUCCCACUGGUUACGUCGUCAUAGAUGCAACACUGGAUUCCGAUCCGUCCGACGAAGAGCCUAACGACGAUGUAGAAUUUAAAGUAUCUGAUGAUGGUGGCAUAACAGCAGAAGACGACUCAGAUGAUUCUGACUUUGGCACAACAUCGAAAAAGAAACGUUCUCCGCGAGGUGGACCCAGUAGACGUGGAAGACGUAAAUCGGCUGCUGUAACUCCGGCACCAAAAGUCAAAGAGAAGAAGCGCAUCGGCCGUCCGCCGACAAAAAGAUCAUUAGACUCGCCACCUAUGUUUAAGGAGGAGAGCAGUGAUGACGAAGAAGAAUCGCACAAAAAAAUUAAAAAACGUAAAAUCAAAAGUUCUCCACCAUCAGCGGAACAAGUAGAACUACCUUCAGAAUUUCCGUGCGACGAAUGUGAACAAGUGUUUUCGCGAAAAUUAUCAUUAAUCUUACACAAAAAGGUGCAUAUGCAGCGUGAGCCCUUAAAGUGUGAGGUUUGCGGGCAAAUGUUUAAAAUUCAGGGUGCUUAUCGCAAGCAUGUGCAAAAACAUAACGAAGAGCCGGCAGGAUUUGAAUGCAACAAAUGCGAAUAUGUAGGAUCAAGCAAAGCAGAGUUACGGCGACACUUGGUGGAUGAACACGAUGAACAAGGUAUUUUGUAUCAGUGUGAGAAAUGCAAACGGAAAUUCGUCUCUGAAGCCCGGUUGGAAAAGCAUCAGGAUGGUCGUUGUCCGGGGCAAGAACGUCCGCCGAAAUCUAGACCAGAUAUGGAUAGUUUUGCUGUUGGAAAGGACUUAUUUAAAUCAGUUGCGCCGCUGACUACUACAUACUGGAGUGAUAGUUUUUCAGACUAAGUACAUUGGCCAUGGCUUUUAGAAUUGGAUAAGCGUGACAAAGCGCAAUCACAAAGUUUUAUGAACUUUGCAGCCAAUUAUUUCAAACUUAAUUUCAAAUGCGUUUAUCGUUCAGUUUCUUUUGAGAAUUUAAAAAAAGAAACUUACAUAAAUACGUAUUUUAUUUAUAUGUAGUUAUGCUGUAAAUGCUAGAUAUUAGGAGCUACAUGAACAUCAUUACCAGUUGCAAUAUACCUAUUAGUAUGUACUUAUGCCAAGUGAUGAUUCCAGAAAAUAAAUAAUUCAUAUUUCAGUGUCUGAUGCUUCCUUAUUUGAUUUGUAUUAAAAUUUUUGGUAAAAAUUGAACAAAAACGGAAACCUCACAAAUAUUAUUUAAGCAUACAAAGUUUGUUAUAAAUAAUUUUUAAAUGUUUCAAAUUUUUGAUUAAACAAAAAGUAGAAAUAAAAUGUACGCAUUUUCACUAAUAAGUUUUCAGAUAGAAUAGUUUUGAAAAUUUAUAUGUAUGCUAUUUUGAACCAUAGAAAAUACAACGGGAAAUUUAUUACUUAUACAGUCUAGCAUUAACGGAUAUUGUAAAUCAAAACAUAUGAAAAGGUAGUACUAAGUCUGGCGUUGUAAAGCAUCUAGAAUGCGUAUCAUCAAGAUAACUAAUUUUUCGUAAAAAUAAAGUAAAAUAAGUAAAAGAAAUAUAAAAUUUAA